ACCAAGUUACCAUUCUUACGGACUUAAUUAUGAACUAUGAAUUAAUAGGUGUUGUGUCUUAUAAAAUUGAUGCCACUUCAGAAAAAUGCCGUAAAACAAGUUCAUAAUUCGCUGUAGUGAAGAGAUGGCGCUGUAGUGAAUUUGUUUUUUGUACCAAUAGAUGGCGCUAAUCUCAAUGUGACAAGUUGAAAGUGUUAGUGUAAUGUAGUGUAGUGUUUAGUGUAAAUAUUAAGUGAAUUGUGUGAAAUGCGAGACGGGUCCAAACCAGGCCCCAGUGGUGGCUUGUCGGGGCAUGUAUUCGAAUCUGAAUUUGAAGGUGCUACAGGCGUUGAAGACAGUUAUGAAGAAUUAGCUUCGCUGAAAACAUUGUUACAUUUCCCAGAAGAGGUUGCGUUGAGAUUGACAGAUACGGAAUAUAAACUUUUCUACCAAGUGCCACCAAUAGACUACCUCCGCCAAGUGACCCUGGAUCUCGGAGGCGAGGGGGUACUAGGCACCGUCAGCGAGCGUCACAUGAUACGCCGGCCGCCGGCGACACACACGCCGCAAGCUAAGAGCAGCGUCAGAUCACUUAUACGAAGAUUUAACGAGGUCUCCGCGUGGGUAACCGACCUGGUGCUAUCUCCAGCGUCACUAGAAGACAAGAAGGUGGUACUCACCUGCGUACUACGGGUUGCUUUGACCUGCUGGAAUAUUGGCAACUUCAACGGCGCUAUGGAGGUCGUGGCUGGGUUGAAGUCACACAAGCUCAAGCCCUUCUGGCUGAGCAUAUCAGACGAGCCUCUACCAGCGCUGGACUUUCUCUCCGCGGCUCUGUUCUCGGCGGAGUACGAGAGAGCGCUGAGUCGAGCGCUGGCUAUGCCGGAGUGUAGGCUGAUACCGUUCUUUGGUGCUUUCUUACGGGAACUGAGGGAAAUCCUGGCAGCAACACCAUCACUUACAACACAUUCAGUGGCUGCGACGCCGACACAUCGACGAGACUUCAAAAGGGAAUCUACUAAAGAUGAUAGAGGGUCGCAAAAGAAGGACAGUAGGCGAGAAAGCAAAAGAAGUGACACGAGCCCUUUAAAGGACAGCUGUAAACGAGACCCCAGGAAUGAACCUACGAGACAAGUGUACAUAGCCUCAUUCGACGACGAAGGUGAACAGGCGUUCCGUCGCGUCGGUCCCGAGGGUCUGGUCAAUCUGGAGAAGGUUUACAGAACACAAGCGGUGAUGGACCAUAUCGCGAGCUUUCACCAACAUCGACAUACGCUGGCUAGGACCAGUACACCGGUUUUUGGUGAUUAUUUGAGAACAGUGAUCUCCGCUUGCGAACAGCCCGUCUUCGCUCCGCCCACACACAAAGGGUCCACCUUCGAGAACGAAGCGCUAUACGAGUUAGAGGGCGGUGGGUAUAGCCCCGUGCAGCCGUUGCCACAUGAUCAUGCAGUGACUAUGUUCCCGCUUGCACCACAGAACGGGGAUCGAGUGGAUAGGCAUAUAUUACAGAUAAUGCACCACGGCACCGCGUGUAUAGCGGGCGAGGCGGAGUGGGGCGCGUUCGUGCACCUCCGCCUCGAGCGCGCCUGCGCGCUGCUCGCCUGGUGCCGGACCGCGCACCGCCCGCAUGCGCACUGCGGUGAAACCCCAUCAGAAAGCGUUCAGCAGCCAGAAGUCAGUUUAUCAUACAAUCCAGAAGAAGUCAUACCAUUGAAAUAUUCUGGUAAUUUGGUGCAUGAGACCGAAGCGGGUGUGGUUGGAGAAGAAGGCUUCAUCGACCUCCAAUGCGUUAAAGACAUGCGUUUGGGCGGCAAGCUGAUAGAACCGAAAGAUAUAGCGGAAUUAGUUGCUAAUGCUAAACGACACGGUCUAGAGACGUGUAACCAAAGGGCCCAUGUUAUAUCCCUUGUGUAUGGAAAGACGUUGAGUGACAAUAGGAUUGUACAUUUUUUGCUGCCACCGUAUUCUUAUAGAGUAUGGGCAGUAGGUCUACAUUCUGUGAUCAAAGCGUUAAUAAGCCAGACCAAAUUAGCAGAUAGAAGUUUAGCCUGGCUGAAGAACAAGUACACAGCGCUGUACUAUGAAGAUGGGUGUUGCUGCGAACCGCUAGUGUCUGAUGCUAUUCGGAUAUUCGGUGGCCGAGAGUCCAUAUACGGCAGUUCGUGUCACUCCACACCAAUCAAGUACACAGAAUCUGAAUCUAGUAAAAGCGGAGUCAAGUUUAAGAAGAACAGGUCUACUUCAGAACUUAAAGGGUCUCCCCGAAGUUAUAGUACGUCUGGCACUAGGAGUGAAGAGGAGACCUUUAGUUCACCUAGACAUAGCUCUUACUCAGCAGCAUCAAGUCACCACACAUCCUGUGGUCCGCGACACAGCAGCCUCACAGCAACCAGCAUCACUUCCAACUCGCCUAAUAGGAGUAGUUUAAGAAGAUUAGAAACAAGUGAACGUUUCUGGGAGAACAUGAAGCAUCUAAGAACGGGGUCCGUUGGAUACGAAACACAACUUGAUUUUAUGGAUUUCGUCUCGCUUUUCAGGAGUUUUAGUCUAGUAAUGCGCUCCGAACUCCGCGGCGUGUUCGAGCAACUAGCAGUACCGCGAACACGCGCCGCGUUGCUGGCGGCGGAGCGCAGUCGUAGCUCGCCUGAACUAUAUGCAAGGAAUGCUUGCCGUACUGGUCUUCUAACGAGGAACGGAUCGUUAGAUCUAGAACCGCCUAGUGACAAAGCCAGUCGGAAGAAAGCUUUUGACGUCCUAGCAGCCGCUGCGUUACCAGGUGCAAACGCAGACUUGAGUGGGAGAGUAUUAUCAUUACCGACACUGGGAAAAUUCUGCGAGACGAGACAAAAUGAACCUAAAACUGAACAGCAGUUAAAAGAUAUUAUUCAGAGGCAUGAACCAGACCCAACGCUACGGUCUGAAAACUGUCUGUCUUUUGAGGGCUUCGUCAGAUUUCUGUCUGACAAAGACAAUUACGCGUUUGUACCAGAACAAAGAAGAGCUGGCAAUUUUAUGGGGAAACCGCCAGACGAAGACAAAACGAAGGAUCUUAUAAAGGAAAUGUCUGGUCCUUUGAGCCAAUACUACAUAGCGAGUAGUCACAACACUUACUUGACUGGACACCAACUUAAAGGAGAGUCGUCUGUAGAGUUGUAUAGUCAGGUACUGCUCACGGGCUGUAGAUGCGUGGAACUCGACUGCUGGGACGGGGACGACGGCAACCCAGUUAUAUACCAUGGACACACGUUCACCACGAAAAUACCGUUUCGGAGAGUGGUUGAAACCAUUGCCAGGAGUGCAUUCGUCACAUCGCCUUAUCCUCUUAUAUUGAGUAUAGAGAACCACUGUAGCUUACCACAACAGCAAGUCAUGGCUAGCACAUUUGAGGCAGUGUUUGGAGACCAAUUGGUAACAUCUUUUCUAUUCGAUGUUGAUUAUACGGAUGAGCCGAGACUACCCAGCCCGGAGCAACUAAAAUUUAAGGUACUGAUAAAAAAUAAGAAGUUGUUGCCGGUGGAGUCAAGUCCCACUAUAGGCUUGACUGGCGCGACGUCCGUCCAAGGCGGGGCGCUUUCUUCCACAUUCAGAGCUAACGGCCUACGGCAGACCAGCUCGUCUUUUCCUGAAGCGUCAAAUAGGAACAGCUCCAUAAUGUCCAACCAGUCGGCUGGUUCCUCCAUCACCGAGUACCUCUCUGAUGAGGAUUAUGAUGAAGAUGAUGAAUUUGAAGAAAAAGAGUUGCACAAGAUACUCAACGCAAUGGAGGACAAGGCGGGUCGGACGUCUCUCUCCCUCUACCAGAGCUUCCGCAGGAGUGAGGGAGACGGCGAUACCACUGGCAGUAUGAAACACGCGGCCAAUAGGAAACGUAGCAACCAGAUUGCGAGGGAACUUAGCGAUAUGGUCACUUAUGUUCAAGCGAUAAAAUUCCGCGGUCUCAGCCCUCUCUCCCCGCGCAGUUCUAUGAAACAGCCGAGCACGGUGAAGGAAACUGCACCUACGUGUAGUAGCUUUGAGUCCUCUGAGAGCAGUGAUAGUGCUGGCACGCAACUACUAGGCGGUCAGCACACAAGAGGCAGGUGUCUCAACACACCAGCAGUUCAUCACCCGUGUUACAGGUGUUCAUCUGUCAACGAAGCGAUAGCCAAGAAAAUUUGCAGGAAACACCCCCUCGCUAUAAUAGCGCAUACUGAAACGCAGCUCGUGCGUACAUAUCCGGCUGGGCUCCGGAUAGACUCGUCAAACUUCGAUCCAGUACUCUUCUGGUCGUGUGGAGUACAAUUAGUGGCGCUCAACUAUCAAACAGAAGACGCAGCUAUGGCGGUUAACGCGGCGAUGUUUGAAAGUAAUGGCUGCCUUGGGUACGUUCGCAGACCGAGGGUUAUGUGGGAUCCAUCGCAUAUUGCUUAUAGACGCUUCAAUCCCAUGGACAAAGAGUUCGAUGGGAUCCACGCUGCCCACCUCACGCUGGCCGUUAUAUCGGGGCAAUAUGUCGCUGAGAACGUGUAUUCGUUCUACAACGCGUAUGUGGAGGUCGAAGUGCUUGGAGUUCCAACUGAUUGUAGGAAGAUAAAGACGAAAGUGGCCAGACGGAACGCGCUGAAUCCUAUAUGGAAUGAGACGUUUAAUUUUAAGGUGAACUUCCCAGAACUAGCGUUCGUUAGAUUCGAAGUUUACGACGCAGAUACUAACUACAUGCUCUCGCAGCGUGUGAUACCGCUGCUUUGCUUGCGUCCUGGAUAUCGACAUGUGAGAUUACGCUCCCCAACGAACCAGCCACUAAACAUGGCGUCCCUUCUCAUAUUCUCUCGCUGCACAGAAGAAUUAGCCGGCGAAAGUUGUCGAUUGGACAUCGAACCCACUUCCCCCGCGCAAAAACGAAAGAUACACUUUGUUGUCGUACACGCGGUUGUUAUGAGCGAGCCGUACUCGAUACUGAAGGUUACGCACGAUACUACUGCUAAUGAGGCAAUAGCGCAAUGCCUCACAAAAGCUGGCGUCUGCCGUUCAGCCCGGGGCAGUUAUGUCCUCGUAGAAGAAGUGCCCUCCCGUGCCCCAACACAGCGGGUACUUGCCCCACACGAGAGGGUCCUGCGAGUGACGUCACGGCCCGGGGCAAGAUUGGUGCUGAAGAGGGUCGGCGAUGACCCCAGUAGUAGGGCCUGGUUGACUAGUAUACGUUCAACGUCAGAAAAAACUCAAUCUUUACCAUCUGAUGAAGAAUCACAAGAGGAAGCGAGGAAACCCGCGGACAGUUUCCUAGUGUGCGUUCAUAAUGUUUGCCAUGAAAUACCAUAUGCUAUAUUGAAGGUCCCCCUUACAGCGACUGCUUCUUAUGUUAUUUAUCAAGCAUUGACUAAGGCAAGGUGUACUGAUGAUCCUAAAAGAUUUGUCUUAGUAGAAGAAUUAGAAUGGGGUGGACGAGCGAAUUCGGGGCCUCAGCAUAGAGCAUUAGCUGACGAUGAGAUUGUGUAUACUGCACAGGCAAAUUGGAAAACCCUGGGUCGUUUUGUUCUCCAAGAGCGAGGAGUUCCGCCGGCAAAACAUAGAGCGGCCUUCGCGAGGAUACAGCGCGGGCUUAGCAUUACACGAGGGGCGAUAGCAAGUACUACAGGGUUCCCCCUCGUGAGUAGUAUGACGUCACACGAGGGGGUCGAAAAGACCCCCGUACAAACUGCUUAUAGCGACCCCACACAUUGUCGGAGAGUUUCAAACCCUUUGAGCAAAGGUAUCGGGCGGUCAAAAGGUCAUUCGGAUAGAGACAUCAGAUUUUUGCAGAAACGAUCUGGUUCUAGAGAUGCCCAAUCCGAAGGCGAGGCCGGCAGUUCGCUCGCAGCGGAAGCUCUCGCGGCACAAAUGGCGCGCUUCAAGAGAGUCUCCUUACGGAAAUUACGCGCUUGGCGGUCCUGAGUGUGGCAGGUCUUCCGCCGACUCGGCACGAGUCUGGCGAACCAUCGUGCAUCUCUUUCCUCCGAGUUGGGUUCACUAUGGGAUUUCUUCAGGAUAGACAAGGACAGACGACGAUCCACAC